AAAGUGAUUCCAAACAAACAUCAAAAGCAAAAGCUGAAGAAGAGAAAGAAGCUUUCGAUGCUUUUAUUCACUCAAAGCAUUCAAAGGUGCCUUUGAUUGUUCAAACUCAGCAAUGGCUCCACUGUUCAUGUUCCCUUCCUUUCAUCUCUCUCUUUCUUUCUCUAAAAUCAAAAGUGUUGUGGAGAGGUUUUUUGAGUGAAGAGAGACGGCAUGGGGAGUAGGGUUAGGCGUGGGAAGAGAUUGCAGAAGAUGAUGAAGUGCAUGUGCACGGGUGAGCCGUUAAGAGGAGAUGAUGAAGCGGUUCCUUCGUUGGAUUCUCUUGCAAUUAAGGAUUUUUAUUCUUCAACAGCAAGUGGGAGUUUUGGCCAAGAUGGACAAGUUGAGAGAGGACCGGAUUCCGGGAACAUCGGAGAAGCCGAAUCGUCCUUACAAGAGAGUGGCAUCUUGAACAAUGAGGAAGCUAGUGCUUUGUUAGGAAGAUAUGAAUAUCAGGAAGGAAAUAUAGAAGCUGCUUUACGUGUUUAUGAGAAAAUAAAUAUAGGCGCUGUGACUCCCAAGAUAAAAAAUUCCCUUGCCAAAAGUAGAGAACGACGUAAGAAACAUUCCCGUCGUAAUGCUACUCCCCCAAUGUCUAUACAUACAGCUGGAUUACUGCUGGAGGCCUUUUUGCUAAAGGCAAAAUGUUUGCAGAUUCUGGGAAGGUUUAAAGAAGCUGCCCAAACUUGCAAGGUUAUUCUAGACAUAGUUGAAUCUUCAUUACCUGAAGGCUUCCCUCAAAACUUAGGCGAUGAGUGUAAAUUGCAGGAGAUUUUGAAUAAGGCAGUUGAGUUACUUCCAGAGUUAUGGAAACUUGCUGAUUCUCCACGUGAAGUUAUCUUGUCUUACCGGCGUGCACUCCUUCACCAAUGGAAUCUAGAUGCAGAAACUGUAGCAAAGAUUCAGAAAGAAUUUGUUGUUUUUCUUCUAUAUAGUGGAGGGGAAGCAAUACCCUCAAAUCUUCGUUCCCAUAUGGAUACCUCAUUUGUACCUAGAAACAACUUAGAAGAGGCUAUACUUCUUUUAAUGAUCUUGCUAAGAAAAACGUCUGAAAAUAAAAUUCAGUGGGAUCCUUCAAUUUUGGACCACCUGUCAUUUGCCUUAUCUGUUUCAGGGGAUUUGGCAGCUUUAGCCAAUCAAUUUGAAGAAUUACUCCCUGGGACAAUCAAUCGAAGAGAGAGGUACCAUGCCCUUGCUCUUUGUUAUUAUGGAGCAGGUGAGGACUUGGUAGCGCUGAAUCUUCUUAGAAAAUUGUUGAGUAGUUGUGAGGACCCAAAACAUAUUCCUGCUUUGUUAAUGGCUUCUAAGAUUUGUUGCGAGAACCCUGUUCUUGCAAAAGAUGGGGCAAACUUUGCUCGCAGAGUGCUUGAGAACUUUAAUGGAAGAUGCGAUCAGUUAGAAAGUCUUGCCAAUUGCUUACUUAGUGUUUCACUUUCAGCACACUCAAAAUUUGCUAUUUCUAAUUCUGAGAUGCUUGAGGCACAAUCUGAGGCACUUCAUUCCCUGGAAACUGCAAACAAAGUGGCCAGAAUGAGUGACCCUCUGGUACUUUACUAUUUGGGUUUAGAAUGUGCAGAACAAAGGAAGUUGGAUGCUGCACUUCAUUAUGUAAAAUGCUUUCUAGUGUUGGAAGCUGGGUCUAAUGUUAAAGGGUGGUUAUUGUUAGCCCGGAUAUUAUCAGCUCAAAAACAGUUUUUGGAUGCUGAAUCUAUUGUCAAUGAUGCUCUGGAUCAGACUGGAAUAUGGGAUCAAGGAGGGUUGUUGCGGACAAAAGCUAAACUGCAAAUUGCACAGGGCCAGUUAAAGAGUGCCAUUGAAACAUAUACUCAGCUUCUUGCUAUUCUUCUAGUUCAGAGAAAAACUUUUGGUUCUCAGACGAAGCUAUAUAAGGACUACAUAGAUCAUGCUAAGAACAUGGAAGUGGAAAUAUGGCAUGAUCUUGCUUAUGUAUACAUAAAUCUGUCGCAGUGGCAUGAUGCUGAGGUGUGUCUUACAAAAUCCAAGGCCAUCAAACUAUACUCUGCUUCUAGAUGUCACGCAAUAGGUACAAUGUACGAAGCAAAGGGCCUUUACAAAGAGGCUUUAAAAGCUUUUCGUGAUGCUUUGAACAUUGAACCCGGAAAUGUCCCUAGCUUGAUCUCCACUGCGGUGGUUAUUAGACGGUGCAGUAAUCGAUCAAAUCCUGCUAUCAGGAGCUUUCUGAUGGAUGCACUGCGGCUUGACAGAUUUAAUGCUUCUGCUUGGUAUAAUCUUGGCCUUUUUCACAAGGCUGAGGGCACAACCUUAGAAGCUGCAGAAUGUUUUGAGACAGCUAACUUUCUUGAAGAAUCAGCACCAAUCGAACCUUUCAGAUGACUGAUUCUGCAAGCAUUUUUGCGACCCCAUCUCACACUCGAUAUAUUCAUGUAUAAUUUCCAUGUGUUCCUGUAGACGGCAUAGGUCAAUAAGAAAGCAUGUUUC